CGUGAACGGACAAGCGACACUCGAGCGCGCAGCAGAGCGCGGCCGCCGGCUCGUGGGGGGAGGGGCUCUGGCGCCACGCCAAGUCGCAACCGGAACGCGGUCACUCACCAAAACAUACCGAUUUCUCGGGAAAAAUAAGAAAUCGCAGCGCACUGCUCGCUCGCAGACCUCGGCGAUACGUGGACUGCGUCGGGUAUUACAACACGACCUACUGUUACCGAUAAGGGCCCGCUUGCUGCGCCGCGCAACACUGCGGCCGCGCGACCUGUGAGGGGUGCCCUCUGUCCUCGAUUGUGAGUGACACGUGGCGAGGGCUGCGCGGUCCACGUCAACAAACUACAAAUGGUGGGGUAGCGCCUAAAUCAAGGUCCCUUCAGUUGUAAAUAAAGAGGGAAGCGAGCAAGCAGCAGCUAGCAUGCUUGCGUGAGCAGCCCAUGGACACGGUGUACCCGCCCUCAGCGUCGGCGUUGGCGCGGGGGCGCCGCCUGCGCCGCGCCGAGCCUCGCCUGCGCCAGCGCACCACGCCAGUCACCUUCGCCGAGAUCAAGGAGGUGGACGAGGAGAGCGCUGAGGCGGAGGCGGAGGCGGGCGGGGAGCGGCGGCGGCAGGCGGACGUGCUGGAGGAGCGCCUCGGGCGGCAGUUCGCCGACUUCCGGCGCCGCCGCGCGCGCCGCCACACGCUGCGCGAGCACGAGUCCCCGCCGCCGGCCGCGCCGCCCCCUCCCCCCCUGCCGUCCCUGCCGCGCGCCGCCAGCGAGCCCGCCGCGCUGCACCGCCCGCCGCAGCCCUCAUAG